AUGAUUACACAAGAUUUUACUAUUAGGUCUGAUGGCCAGACCGGUGUUGCUAAGGGAGUUUUAGACGCUGCCAUGAAUUUUGAUGAAAUCAAUCCUAAAAUAAUUAAUAUUGUUGGAUAUCGUCCAUUAAACAAUAGAUCUGAAAAUGGUAUAAUUGAACAAGAAUAUUCAUUUUUAGAAGAUGCUAAAGGUGAUAAAUAUUUGGCGAUAGAAAAAAACAUUGAAAAUUCUCAAGGAACUUUAAUUCUACUUUUAGAAAAUAUAAAUGCAGAUAAAGAAACAAAUCAUGCAAUUAAAACAGCUAAAGAUUCUAAUAAACCGUUAGAAAUAAUUUAUCUUCAUGAAAAUUCCGAAAAUAAAAAUGCAGAUAAAGAAAUUAAUACAACCAAAGACUCUAAUAAACCGUUAGAAAAAAUUUAUCUUCGUGAAAAUUCUGAAAAUUCUCAAGAACAAAUAAAUCAAGUAGAUCAAGAAUUUAUGGAAAAACAAAAUCUUUUAUAA